AUGUGGCCCCAACCCUAUCUCCCUCCCCACCCCAUGAUGUUAGAAGAAACUCGACAGAAAAAAUUGGCAGCAGCCAAGAAAAAGCUAAAAGAAUAUCAGCAGAGGAACAGCCCUGCUGUUCCAGCAGGAGCGAAGACAAAAAAGAAAAAAACUGGCAGUAGCCCUGAGACAACCACUUCUAGUGGUUGCCACUCACCUGGGGAUAGCCAGUACCAAGAACUAGCAGUAGCCCUGCAGUCAAGCUCCAUGACAAUCAAUCAACUCAAUGAAAACAUAGAAUCACUGAAACAGCAGAAGAAAGAAGUGGAACAUCAGCUAGAAGAAGCAAAGAAAGCAAACAAUGAAAUACACAAAGCACAAACGGAGCAGUUAGAGGCAAUCAACAUCCUCACGUUGGAAAAGGAAGACUUGAAGACCGCCCUUUACCAUACUAAACGUGCUGCCCGACACUUCGAAGAAGAGUCCAAGGAUCUGGCUGGCCGCCUGCAAUACUCCUUACAGCGUAUUCAAGAAUUGGAGCGGGCUCUCUGUGCUGUGUCUACACAGCAGCGGGAAGAGGACAGGUCCUCGAGCUGCAGUGAAGCGAUCCUCCAGCGGCGGUUACAGCAGACCCUAAAGGAGGGGGCGCUGCUGAACGCCCACGUAACACAGGUGACAGAGUCACUUAAACAAGUCCAUCUACAAAGAGAGGAGUAUGCACAUUGUAUAAAAGCAGAGAGAGCCCGGUGGCAGGAGAGGAUGAGGAAAAUAUCAGUGGAGACUCUCCUAUUGAAGGAGGAGAAGAAGCGCGACAUACAUCGGAUACAGGAGCUGGAGAGGAGCUUGUCGGAAUUCCAAAACCGGAUGGCUGAGCCCCCAUCCCUGGCGCCCCCAGCAGUGACCUCUGUGGUGGAGCAGCUACAGGAUGAGGCCAAACAGCUGAGGAAGGAGGUGGAGGUACUGGAGGGAAAGCUCCAAUCCCAGGUGAAAAACAAUCAGGCCUUGAGUCUCCUGAGCAAGGAACAAAAGCAGAGGCAGAGGCUCCAGGAGCAGGAGCAGAGGCUCCAAGAGCAGGAGGAGCAGAGGGCGCGGGAGCAGGAGAGACUGUGUCAACAAAAGGAAAUGCUACGGGAGCAGGGCAAGAGGCUGCGAAAGCAGGAGCAGAGGCUGCGAAAGGAGGAGGAGAGGCUGCGAAGGGAGGAGGAGAGGCUGCGAAAGGAGGAGGAGAGACUCGCGCUCUCCCAGAACCACAAGCUCGACAAGCAGCUGGCUGAGCCACAGCGCGGCUUCGAGGAUCUGAACAACGAGAACAAGAGCGCAGUGCAUUCGGAGCAGGGAGUAAAGGAGCUGCAGGAGAAGCUAGACGAGGAGCACCUAGAAGCUGCCAGCCAGUGGAACCAACAGCUGGAGACCCAGUUGAGCCUCAAGGCUCUCCCUGGAGAAGUCAUCCAGCCCUCUGGAGCGACAGAUGGCAUGAGAGAGUCCUUCACCGUAUAUGAAAGCCAGGGGGCAGUGCCAAACACGCGGCACCAGGAGAUGGAGGAUGUCAUCAGGCUGGCCCGGAACCAGGAGGAGAUCAAGGUGAAGCUGCUGGAGCUGCAAGAGCUGGUGUUGUCCCUUGUGGGUAACCACGAAGGUCAUGGCAAAUUCCUCACCGCUGCCCAGAACCCUGCUGAUGGGCCCGCUCCAGGGGCCCCAGCCCCCCAGGAACUUGGGGCUGCCGGUGAGCAGGAUGAUUUUUAUGAGGUGAGCCUGGACAACAGCGUGGAGCCUGCACCAGGAGCGGCCAGGGAGGGUUCUCCCCAUGACAACCCCACUGCACAGCAGAUCGUGCAGCUGCUUCCUGUAAUGCAGGACACCCAGGAGCACCCAGGCUUGCCUAGCAAACCCUGCAUGCCAUUCUUUUACCGGGCAGCCAAGAACAGGGAGAUAAACAUCAUCAUCAUCUAA